AUGCUUUUCAAUUAUUACUUGAACAUUUGCAUUCUAUUCCAAUGGUUAUUCGUGCCGGUUUAUCUCCAAACGAUUUGGCAGUCGCAGACAAACGUAUCAGAAGUCGGAUUGGAAUAUUCCGCUCUCGAUAAUCAAACGUUACUAUUUCAAUAUUCUGCUAAAUCUUUGAUUCUAUGUACGGCACAAUGUUUUGCAACUGCAAGCUGUCGUAUCUUCGACUUCAAUGCUCAAACACGACGAUGUCGUCUUUUUGAAGGCGACCUAUCAACAUCAGGCUCAAUCAUUGCAUCAACAUCAAUGCAAUCACGCGUUGGAUCAAUUCAAGUGUCACCGGCGCAAUUCGCUGCUCGAGGAGCACCUUGUUCAUCUUGCCAAGGUAACAGAUAUCUAGUAUGUAUCAAUGCAACUUGUCAAUGCCCACCUCACACAUACUUUGAUGACUCGAUAUGCAAAAGUCAAAAAUUACUUGGAGCAAAAUGUAAUAUGAGUUAUGCAUGUCGAACUGAUUUGAACUAUACGUGUUUACCGCGCAAACAAUGUGGUCCUGCUUCUCUACAACUUGGGACAACUGUAGGCGGGCGAUCGAAUGGUGCAUCAGGAAAUUUAUUGGAUGCAUUACAAAACCCUGCAGGAUUAUUUAUCGAUCCGUAUGGAUUCAUAUACGUCAGCGAUCUUGCUAAUAAUCGUGUUAUUAGAUUACGAGAAGGGUCAUUAAAUGGAACAAUAGUAGCUGGCGAUGGUACGGCAGGCGCUACGAAUGCACGGUUGUAUCAACCAGCCGGCAUAUACUUAGAUUCAGCAAUGAAUAUGUAUAUAUCCGAUAGCAAGAACUAUCGAGUUAUGCUCUGGAAGCAGAACACUUCCACUGGAAUUCGUGUAGCAGGCACUGGGUUUCCGGGCAGUUUACUGAGUCAGCUUAAUAACAGUGGCGCAAUUCUUCUUGAUUCAGUUGGAAAUAUGUACAUAAGUGAUACAACUAAUCAUCGAGUUUUAAAAUGGGCACUGAAUGCUUCGAGCGGUACUAUUGUUGCUGGAACCGGAGUGGCUGGUCCCACUAGUAAUCAACUUAAUACGCCUUAUGGUAUAUGUCUUGAUGAAACUAACUCAUAUCUUUAUAUUGCUGAUACUUUGAAUCAUCGUAUUCAACGCUAUCGAUUAGGUAAUCCAAAUAACGGUACUACUAUAGCAGGCGGAAAUGGUGGUGGAACAGGAAAUAAUCAAUUCAAUGCGCCUGUCGGUGUUUAUCUUUCUAACAAGACCGGUGCCUUAUAUGUCGCUGACCACUUAAACAGUCGAAUACAGCGUUGGGAUGCCGGAGCGACAAAUGGAGUAACAGUUGCGGGUAUCACUAAUGUUACUGGGGCGAAUGCAUCACUGCUAAGCGCUCCUUACAGUGUUAUACUAAAUGCCAAUGAAACUUUUCUCUACGUUACCGAUUAUUAUAACAAUCGAGUACAGCGUUUUACCUUGAUUUAG